AUGCCUCCCAAGCCACGUCCUAUCAAACGAAAAGAUUCUUCGGCAUCCAAGAACCCCCCUAAUGCAACCACAAAUGCUUUCACCACAUCUUCAACUGCGUCCAAACCUGUCAGUGCUGCAGGCGCAAUGCUUCCACCUCCAGAUCCUCUUCCUCCACAGGCCAUCCUCGAACCCGAGUUGAACGCUAUGACAGCGUGCUUGAGGAAUGCGGCUGCGAAGACCGGUCAGAUCCAGGCGUUCUACGCGGACGCAAAGAGAUUGGAUAUAGAGAGAUACGCUCCGCAACCGCAUCAGGGUCUCACAACGGCACUGGGUAGGGAGUUUGAGAAAUAUGACCAGCUGUGCGAUGCUAUGGAAUCACAUCUGUUACAUGCGAUUGCCGUCUUGCAACGUGAUAUGGAGCGGGAACGAGCACGUCUGAGAGCAGAGGCUGAAGCCGAAGCGUUGAAGCCCCCACCAGAGAAGAUCGAACCACCUCCCUCCGAAAUCAACGUUGACAACAGUCAACCAGGCGAACCAGCCUCAACCGGAACUCGUCCAUCUUCACCUACAAUUCCUCCCUUCACCAUCCCUCUAGACCCUUCCUUAUCGCCAUCUACCAGCAAGCAAUCUUCUCCUCCUAUCCCCGGUGGCACGACGCCAGCCGCCCGACGUCAAUCCACCAUCUCCCUCUCCAGCCUCAAUCGCCCCCAAUUCCCUCACAAGCUUGACCUCUCCGCCGCUGCUCUACGCAUCAACCCAGAAGAGAUCCAGUCGGGUCUCGCGUCGCCCGUGACUCUCGCUCCGAAGUCUGGUAGGAUAACAGCCACGAACGAAUACCCUCCCGACCUAUUUGCCACUAUACACUCAGCAUCGAUGUCGAACGGUCCAGUCCCUGAUCCGUCGAAUAACGCAUCCAACAGACCUGUGGACAUCGAUCUGACUCUGGACUCCGAUCCACCGCAAACACAGGUUGGGCUGGGCAACUCAGCGGAUAAACCUAUAGAAUUGGACUUGGAUAUCGAGAUGGCGGACCUUUUCUCCGAUGGUGUCGAUGGAGUAGACGGAAACAAUCAGGAACUGUUUGGCGCACCACCACCGGAAACUGGAGGUUCAGAGCCCGGGCUGAAGAAAGAAGGGGAUGACCAGAAUAUGAGCAUGGAUAUGAUGGACUUUUCGGGUGUCCGAGAAGCGGGCCCAGUGCCGGAGGACCUCUUCCAGUCGUUGGCGAACCAGAGCAACGCCGCAGAGGGGUCUGGCUUUUUCCCCUCAGAUUCUUUGGUGCCUCCGGCGGAGAAUAACGAGCCUGGUUCUUCGACUCAAGGAGCGGCGGUAUCGCCUGGUACACUUCUGGCGAAUAUUGGCGACUCUUCUGGCCAGGACGGAGGCACGGGCGGGGAUACGAAUUUCGAUAUUGAUAAUAUAGACUUCGCGGCCUUUAGCUCGACCUUUGAUUUUAACGGUGCUGAGGACGGGGGAUUGGACAUGGAUGCAUUGUUGAAUCUGGGACAUGUCAAUGCAGAAGGGGACGCGGCGGGAGGCGUAUCCUAA